AUGUGGAAAUCAAAGCGCAACGUCACUAUAAGCUACAAGCCUCUUGAUCCUCCAUCCGCCUCCAACAAAGACCAGAUCGAAGAUAUCGUGUCCUAUCAAACGCUGAGCUCCGACAAAGAAAAGACGGUCUUGGGCAUCGAUACAAGAGGAGCUAGCACAGGGGAAUGGGAUUGGAGGGGUAAAGGCUGGCUGAAGAUUGCGAGCUCGCACUGGGAAGUGCUUGGCUACGGCGACCUGGAAGGAGGCGGACAAUGGGCGGUGACGUAUUUUGCGAAGACGCUUUUCACACCAGCUGGCAUCGAUGUCUAUUCAAGAAGCAAGGAAGGGGUUGGAGAGGAGAUCCUAGAGGGGAUCAAAGGGGCUCUAGCGAAGAGUGAGGAUUCAGGUGUGAGGGACCUGGCUGCAACCCUCUUCGAGGUCACGAGGAAUUGA